UGCCAUUCGCUUUGAAUGUGUGUAUUCGACGCUUAUAUUUAGCAUCUGUUUCCUUCUGCAAUGUUGUGAAUGACUAUUAACACAAUGCUUCAGUGUUCAUUGUUGCAUCGUGUGUGCCUGAAAUAAAUUACGAAUUUUUCAAGGGUAGUCAACUGCAAGUGUGUGUGUGUGUAUAUAUAAGUUUCAAAAACGAACGAAAAUAAUAAUAAUUGCAGCAGCAUUUUCUCUAUUGAUAGAAGAAAAUAGAAGGAAAAAAAAACCGUACACACUGAGACCGGAAUAGUGGAGCGAGUGUGUGCAUUGCAAUGUUUUGAUUGUUGUUUAUAAUACACAUAUUUCGAGUAUUAUUGUUUAUGCAGACUGAUAAAAAGAACAAUGAAUCCAAUUACACGGGUGGCAAACUAUGAAGAGCUCAGCAUCAUUGGAACUGGUGCAUAUGGAACCGUAUAUAAAGCACGAGACUUGAAAAAUCCCGGAAAAAUUGUUGCACUCAAAAAAGUACGCGUUGCUUUAACUGAAGAUGGAGUUCCAAUGUCAACACUACGAGAAAUUGCUCUCUUAAAACAGUUGGACGCCUUCAAACAUCCGAAUAUUGUCAAACUAUUGGAUGUGUGCCAUGGCCAACUGGAACGAGAGCGUCAAUUAGUGUUAUUUUUGGUGUUUGAGCAUUUAGAAGAAGAUUUGGCUGGCUUUUUGAGUCGAGCCGGUGAUCGUGGUAUUUCACCAAAAACAAUUCAAAAAUUUGCUAAAGAGCUAAUGACUGGUGUUGACUUUUUGCACUCACAUCGCAUUAUUCAUCGUGAUUUGAAACCACAAAAUUUACUCGUUUCGGCUGAUGAACACAUUAAAUUGGCCGAUUUUGGCUUGGCAAAGACCUAUGAUUUCGAAAUGAAACUUACUUCGGUGGUGGUCACGCUAUGGUAUCGUGCUCCAGAGGUGCUACUGAAUCAGCCAUACAAUAGUGCCGUUGAUAUAUGGAGUUCGGCUUGUAUUAUUGCAGAAUUGUUUUCACGACGUGCCUUAUUCCCAGGAACAUCCGAACAAAAUCAACUUGAAAAGAUAUUUACAUUGAUUGGUACCCCACAACAAAGUCAAUGGCCCAGUGAAAUUCCAAUAUUACGAUAUCAUUUUCCACAUCGACCACAAAAACGACCGAUAGACAUGUGUCCGGAGCUUGAUGAAUAUGCUAACGAUUUACUAACACAAAUGUUGGUUUUUGAUCAACACCAACGACCAUCGGCUAUUGAGUGUUUGAAUCACAUGUUUUUCCUACAAGAGCCCAUUUAAAUCUCAAGAAAUAAAAAACAAAUACAUUCAAUCAUUA